AUGUCGAUGCAUGGCCCUUACGCACUCUUAGAUUUUUCGCAGCGACCUCCAUUGGCAGCCGCAACUCCCUCCCGAUUCGCACAAAAAGUGAAAAUGAAGUUUCUGGAUUGGUACCUGAAGAUUUCGGUAGUAUCAGCUUUGGUCGGAGCUUCCAUGGAGUUUUUUAUGAUCAAAACUGGCUUCUAUGACAAAGUGACCGUUCUGGAGUCAGAGAAACGGGCUUGGGAGACUUCACCAGAAUCUCAGGCAAUCAGAGAAGCUCUCAAUCCUUGGAGAAAUCAUGAUACACAAGCAAGAAAAGAUUCCUAGCUCUACGUCGCUGCAAUUUGCUUCCUGUAUGGUUUAUUUCUUUGAUGGUCUAGUGGGAUGUUGGUAUGGAAACUUUGUUUCAGAGAACCAUGAAUUUUGUUGUUUUGAGGAGCAAUGCAUCAGUUCACAAAAUAGAACUCACUGGUCUGUAUGGCUUCAAAUUUUGUUGGUUGAUCACCAGUGCUUCAACUAUCACCAUGAUACGGAAAGUUCUGAAGUAGCCUUAGUAGUAUUAAGGCCUACGAAGUUUGUUAUUUGCUUCAAUUUCAGGCCCACAUUACAGCCAAUAUCAGUUCAUGUGCUUUUAAUAUGUACUUUCAAGUUUUUUACUCCAACUUUUGAAAGUGAUCAAAUCACUCCUUUCCCCCCUUA